AUGGCGACGUCCGCUUCGUAUAGACAUUCGCCGGACGAGGGCCGUGACCCUUCUCUCCCCGGAUCGGUGGGCGACGAGGAGUCGUGGGCCUUUAUGAACCUAUCCGAUGCGUCCAACACGGAAUCACUAGGCAUUCUGACGAGCCCGGAGAGUAGCCUCAUCUCUUUCGGGGUCAGCAUGGGCCAGCAGGGCCACCUGCCGCCUUCGCCCCUCGGGCCCCCUUCGCCUUUCGACCUGAAUGCGGAACAAGUUCGACUGUCCCAUCAGUCCAUGGGCAUGUCCUUGCCCCGGCAAGGCUCUUCGUAUGGGACCGUCAACCUGGAGCGGGUCACGUCCCACCCCAUGGGAUUCGAGACCAACCCCGAGACUGCCUCUGCAUUCAGCUUGGGCCCAGAGCAGCUCUCGAACAACUCCAUCUCGGGUUCGUUCUCAGAUCAGUCCUCCACCUUCGGCGUUGGUGCGGACCACCCCGACGGGCUGCUCUUCAGCCCCGACAUGCAGCAACCCAUGUCAUCUACAUCGCUGCCUGUCUCCUCCAGCUUUGCGUUUGAUCCUCUUCAGCUGCCGGUAGACUUCUCAUUUCCCCUUUCCAAUGACCUGGGAUCUGGCGGCAUGCCCGACCUCACUCAGCCUCUCAACGCCGCACAUCUUGAUUUCCUUCAGCAAUUUCAGGCCGUGGACACCGCAGCACCGUGGCAGCCAAGCAAUCUAGGGCAGGGGGACAUGUUCAUACAGGAAGAUAACUUCACUGCCUCGUCCUCGCCCGUCCAGUAUUCAUCUACGAGUAGCCAGCAGUCCACUAGCCCCGGGAUAUCCAACAUCAAGCUAGAGACGGACAGCUCCAAGUCAGCAUCGCCUACCGACCCCGUUCGCAAGGUCAGGGGCAGCGGGUCAAGAGUCGAGAAGAAGAGAAAGGCCUCUUCGGAGUCGUCAUCCAGCGCAGCAGCAGCAGCCGGAUACGGCCAGUUCGUCAUUGUGACGCCAAACUCGAUCAACGCCAACUCGGGCAAGCAUAACCCAUUCGAGUGCUUCGAGGCCAUGCGGUCGUCGCACAAGGGACGCAAGGGACCGUUGCCCAGCAAGACAAAGGAAAAUGCCCUCCAGGUCCGGAGGAAAGGUGCCUGCUUCUGCUGCCACGCGCGGAAAGUCAAGUGCGAUGCCGAACGGCCUUGCCGCAACUGCACAAAGCUGGCAGUCGGCGUCCCGCAGGUCGUGUGCUGGCAGUUUCCGGACUUCAUCGAUGUCUUGUUCCCCACCCUCAUCCGGGGCCACCUUGGCAAGGAGGCCGUCACCAGCUUCCUCAGCGAAAACGUCAAGAGUUUCACCGUCCAGGGCACCGAGAUGCCGUGCUCCAUCGAGCUGUUCUCCGGCCUCCGCUUCACCAGCGUGUUCAAGAUCAAGGCCAAGUUCUUCACUGCCAAGACGCAAGAGCCUCUCGAGCACUGGCACAUGUCAAUCGGCUCGGGUGGGGUCAAUCUUCAGUCGCAGGCUGCCGUCCCGAUCGGCCUCGAGACCGAGAGCGCUGCGCAAAAGGAUAUCUUGAAGAAGACGACCAAGGACUAUGUGCAUGCCAUCAUCCAGGAAUCCAGAUAUGCCGAGCAGACGACGGACAGCCUGAGGAGCACGAGCCUGCCGGAGAAGGUUUUGCGCAUCGCGCAGAGGUACUUCAAGCAGACCGAUUCUCCUAUGGUCAAGCGUGCCUUGUCCAUCUACGCCAUGCACUACAUCCUGACUCGGCACAUGUGCUUGACCGCGCAGACGGUGAGGAGCUUGGAGCACACGGGGCUGGUACCCCAGAACCUCCCGUUCCUGACGCCGCGCGUGCUGAACCGCCAGAUCAAGGCCGUCAUCGACGACAUGCUCGCGCGCGAGAUGCAGCUGCUCUUCGACGCCUUCUCCAAGUCGCUCAAGCCCAAGUCCAAGAAGGAGUGGGCGCAGUGCCUCGCCUCCUUCCUCGUGCUCUGCGUCUUCAUGGAGGCGAUCGAGGCCGCCGUCGACACCUUUGUCAUCUCGCAGAACGAGGUCGACAUGCGCAAGGGCGCGGUCACGACGUACAGGCGGUCCGAGGCCCUGCACCUCAACGAGUCGAUCGAGAAGAUGCCCUUCAAGCAGUUCGCCUUCCAGUUCCACCAGAUCUACCAGACGCACAGCAGGGACGCCACGACGCGGGCGUUCAACCCCCUUCUGGACGACGACGUGAUGACGAGCGAUGACCUGGACCAGCCGGCGAAAGAGAUGGUGGCGGCUUUGCAGGAGCUGAUGACGGGAGAGAACUGGAGUGAGUUGGACUAUCUUUCCAUGGAUCCCAUCCUGCCCAACAUGGAGGACUAUCCCUUCCCUCGGGAUAUCACAGAGAACUACAACGGCCGACUCCUGGCCAAGUUUUUGUUGUCCUUCACCAACGAACGCUACAUCUUUGGGUGA